AUGAAAGCCGUAAGAAGACCCGUGCAAGGCGGCAGGCGGGGGAAAGGUCGGCCUCGGCGGUUGCCCCACGCAAUAGCGUCCCCGCAGAAGGAUAACCCAACGGACCGGAAGGAGGCGAUCCUAAAGUGGCUGAGCCAAGACCACCCGGAGCAGGCACUUGAGAGGUCGUGGAGGAGUCGAUGGAUAGAUGCCGUCGUAAGAGCCAGCCAGACGGGAGUUGCUGCGAGGUUGCCGGCAGCUCAAGGAGAAUUCCCACAGGAGCUCGUAGGGGCGGUCCCGCAGUAUUACUACAGACUGCGGAAACACGAGGUGUCUGCCCUAUGCCAGGUCCGGACAGAGACCAUCGGCUUGAGGGCUUUCCUGUUCCAGAGGAGAGUGCCAGGAGAGGCUACACCACGUUGCGACUGCGGCAAGAAGGAGACAGCAUAA